UACCGCUUCCUACUGUUUUCUUCACAUCCCAUAAAGGAAACACACAAACCCACAAAGGAAAAGGAAAAAACUUUGAGUUCUAAUUUCAAGAUUAACACGAACCCAUCAUAUUCUUCAAAAUUUUCCACAAACCCAAGAUUUUUUUCCACCAAAAUAUCUCAUCUUGGGCUGUAGAUCUCUCCAAAGAUACACGUAUAAAUAUACAUGUGCUUGUGGAUGAUAUAUAGUUAAUAUAACAUUAGACAUGAUCACUGUGGAUGCCGGAGGGAUGGUGGAGCAGCGGCGGAGGUCCACGUCAGCGGCAGUUAUGGCGGUGGGGAAGAAGGUGGGGUAUGCGAGCAAGGUGGUGAUGAAGAGGAAGCAGAGGUGGAGGAAGCGGAGGAGGACGGCGGCGGAAAGUUUUCCGGUGAAGUCGACGGCGUUGCAAAGGCUGUUUGUUUCUUGUAAGGAUGUGUUCAGUGGAUCCAACGACGUCCCUUCGCCGUCUGAUGUCCAGAUGCUCACCGCCAUUCUUGAUGAUAUUAAACCGGAAGACGUGGGAUUGAGCAAAGAAUUGCAGUUUUUCAAAGCUUCGAAAGUUCCCAAAGGGACUCCUCGUGUCACAUACACAACCAUAUACCAAUGCAAUCAAUUCUCCCUUUGCAUUUUCUUCCUCCCCGCAAAGGCAGUGAUUCCUCUGCAUAACCAUCCUGGGAUGACCGUCUUCAGCAAACUCCUGCUUGGGACGAUGCACAUCAAAUCUUAUGAUUGGGUUGAUCCUGCAAAUUCUCAUUCUUCCGUGCCAAAUGUUAAUCCCCAAGCGAGGAUGGCGGAGAUGGUGACGAAUAACGUGUUCACGGCUCCAUGUGAUACGAACGUGUUGUAUCCGACGAGCGGGGGCAACAUACACGAGUUCAGAGCUAUAACUCCUUGCGCAGUUCUUGACGUUAUUGGACCGCCUUAUUCCGCCAAGGAUAACCGAGAUUGCUCCUACUACAAGGAGCUCCCUCACGACGCCGUCACCGAUGAGGAAGAAAAGGAGUCAUACGGAUGGUUGCAAGAGAUCGAAGUGCCGGAGGAUUCACAAAUGGAUGGAAUCGAGUACUUGGGUCCUCAAGUCAUCGACUCUUCUACACAUCCAUAUUAUUAACCAACCCAACCACAAACGCAAACGCAAUCACAAACGCAAUCGCAAUCGCAAUCGCAAUCGCCAUAUCGACCAACCCUUUCCACCAAAACAAACCCUUUCUUUGUGGCUUUCUCUCUUGUGAAGAGACACUAUUAAAUACUAAUUUACUAUCACAUGCAUGCUUAGGGGGGGG